AUGUUCCAUCUCUUCAGCGACCACGUCCACUGGCUGGGACCACUCGGUGUCGCCGUUUUCUUUGGUACCUUGGCCGCGAGAUGCAUUUAUUUUCUAUACUUUCACCCCUUGGCUAAAUAUCCGGGACCUCGGCUGGCUGCGGUCUCGUACCUCUGGUAUGCUCGGAAAUGGCUUCAAGGCAGAUACCCAUGGGCCAUCGAAGAACUGUUUGAAACACAUAGCUCCGAGAUUGUCCGCGUCGGGCCGAACGGGAUCGCCUUCAGGUCCCCGCAGGCUAUGCAUGACAUCUACAUGGCUACCGUGCGCAACCGCGAGACCUUUGUCAAGACGGAAUUCCAAGACCUGGGUGGUAAAGAACCCGGAAUCACUGCUGAAAGGGACCCGGAAGAACAUCGCAAAGUAGCUAAGCAGCUUGUCCCUGCAUUUUCCCCUCGGGCAAUGUUGGCUCAGGAGCAGCAUGUCCACCGCUAUGUUGAUCUCCUUGUUCAGCAGCUCGACAAGCACGGCGGCACGAGCAGCAAAGGCGUUGACAUGAGAGAGUGGUUCGACUGGCUCGUCCUGGACAUUGCCGGGUACAUGGCUUGGUGUCAUGAGUUUGACAACUUGAAGAACGCUGAAACAUGCUUUUACCUACGCGAAUCGAUCAAGAUUGGCCUCUCCGGAACCGUCGGCCAGGUCCUCAGAAAGUUUCCCCUCCUCCUCCCCCUGGCCCCUUUCUUUAUCCCUGCAUCCGUAGCCCGGACCAUUCCAACGUGGAUGCAGUUCAACCGCGACAUCGUCGCAGAGCGCCUCUCCAAGCAGGAAAAGCUCGACGGUAAAGACUACUUUGCAUGGCUUCUACGCGACGGCUCCAAGCCCCCGUCCGAAGACUGGCUCGUUGCUCAGUCAAACGUCCUCCUGGCCGCCGGGUUCGACCCGUUGACCAACAUCCUGACGGCGGCUGUGCAUUACCUGUGCAAGACUCCUCGCGCGCUCGAGCGGCUCUGCGCCGAGGUCAGGGGCGAGUUUUCAACCUAUUCGGAAAUAAGAGCCGACAAGCUGCAAAGCCAGAAAUAUCUACAAGCGGUCCUAGACGAAUCCAUGCGAAUCCACACCAACGCAGCUUUCGGCCUUCCUAGGUACAGCCCUGGAGCGUUGGUUGACGGGGAAUACAUCCCCAAAGGGGUGAUUGUCCAAAACGCAUCUUUCGCAACUACACAUAGUCCCAAAUACUUCCUCCUCCCGAGGGAGUUCUGGCCGGAGCGCUACCUGGGUCCCGAUGACCGAUGGUAUGACCAAAGAUUCGAGCACGACCACAAGAAAGCGUUCAAGCCUUUCUCUAUCGGACCGCGGGCAUGUCCGGGACGUGAGAUUGGUAUGAUGCAAGCCCGAAUUACCCUGGCGAAGCUGGUAUGGACUUAUGACAUGGAGCUAUUGAAUCCCGAGGUCGACUGGGACAAGGAGUCCAAGCUGUUCCUCAUUUGGGGCCGGCCCGAGGUUCGACUUUGA